AUGACGGUUAUGAAGAGAGUAUUAUCAGAUAGGCCGGAGGCUGAACUCUCCCCAAAGAGACCUCACAGCGAUGUUGAGGACAUUGUUAUAGAUGGCAAUGGAAACAUUUGUGCGGAAUCAGAAAAUUACAUAAGAUGGCAAAAUACCAUCUCGAAAGUGGUGAAGUCUGUUGUAUCGAUCCACUUUGCACAAGUCACGCCGUUUGACUGCGACCCGGCACUAGUAUCUGAAGCGACGGGGUUCGUUGUGGACGCAAAGUUGGGCAUUAUCUUGACCAAUAGACAUGUCGUCGGCCCAGGUCCGUUCGUUGGCUACGUGGUAUUCGACAACCACGAGGAGUGUGAUGUCAUCCCGAUUUAUAGAGAUCCAGUUCACGAUUUUGGUUUCUUAAAAUUUGAUCCAAACCAGAUAAAGUACAGCGAUAUACAAGCUUUAGAGUUGAAACCAGAUCUGGCUAAAGUAGGAUGCGAAAUUAGAGUUGUCGGUAACGAUGCCGGUGAGAAGUUGAGUAUUCUUUCUGGGUUUAUCAGUAGAUUAGAUAGGAAUGCACCCGAUUAUGGUGAGUUGACGUACAACGAUUUUAACACGGAAUAUAUCCAGGCUGCAGCAUCUGCGUCUGGUGGGUCCAGUGGUUCGCCCGUUGUUACUAUAGAUGGGUACGCGACAGCUUUACAAGCAGGUGGUUCUACUGAAGCUUCGACGGAUUUCUUUUUACCGUUGAAUAGAAUUUUAAGAGCACUACAGUGCGUUCAAGCAGGUAAACCGAUCUCUAGAGGUACUAUCCAAGUACAGUGGUUGUUGAAACCUUAUGAUGAAUGUAGAAGGCUGGGGUUAACCUCUGAAAGCGAGGCAACAGCGAGACAAAUGUUCCCAGACAAAAUAGGUCUGUUGGUAGCAGAAAUUGUUUUGAAGAACGGUCCAGCCUAUACGCAGAUCAAGGAAGGGGAUAUUUUGAUAUCACUCAAUGAUCAAUUAAUAUCAUCAUUUGUUCAGGUCGAUGAUAUAUUUGAUAAUAGUGUUGAUGAGACUGUUGAGCUUGUCAUUCAACGUAGCGGGGUUGAUAUCAAUGUUACUAUUAAGAUACAGGAUUUGCAUUCCAUCACCCCAGAUCGUUACGUUGAGGUAUGUGGGGCAACAUUCAACGAUAUGUCCUAUCAAAUGGCAAGAUGUUACGCUUUGCCAGUGAAGGGUGUAUUUUUGAGUUGUGCAACGGGAUCGUUUAACUUUGAUUCUAAGGAAAAGGUGGGAUGGGUGAUAGAUGCAGUUAAUAACAAGGAAACCCCAGAUUUAGAUACCUUUAUCAAUGUGAUGAAGGAAAUACCAGAUCGCAAGCGUGUGACUAUAAAGUAUCAUCACAUGACAGACCACCACUCUCCAUUGGUAACAUCGAUAUACAUUGAUCGUCAUUGGUGUAGUGAGUUCAGGAUAUACGAGAGAAACGAUACUACUGGUUUGUGGGAUUAUAGGAACAUUUGCGAGCCAUUGCCCGCUGAGCCCUUGAAACCACAAAAAGCAAGGUUUAUUGAUAUCCCAACGGAAAAUGAGAGCCUACGUCAACUUUCCCACUCUUUAUGCAUUGUCAGCACAGUUUCACCUAUCCCAGUAGACUCUUUGCUUCCUGAGACUUUGAUGACGUCCGGUUUGAUUAUCGACAGUGACAAUGGCUACGUUAUUGUAUCGAGAAGAAUUGUGCCCCAUGACUGCCUAGACUGUUUUGUGACCAUUGCAGACUCUGUUGUUAUCCCAGCUAGUGUGGAAUUUUUGCAUCCAACCCAGAACUACGCGAUUGUGAAAUACGAUCCGUCUUUGGUGCUCGCAGAUACAGUCACCCCAAAGCUCUCCGAAAAGAAGGUUAAUCGUGGUGAUAAACUUCAGUUCAUUGGGCUAACGCAAAAUAAUAGAAUUGUUACGUCUGAAACUAUUGUUACAGAUAUUUCUUCGAUCAGUAUCCCAAGUAACUUGAUACCAAGAUACAGGGCCACCAAUUUAGAAGCAAUAUCGAUCGAUUGUAAUGUGAGCAAUAGGUGUAACUCCGGUAUUCUGACAGAUUCUGACGGUACGGUGAGAGCGUUGUGGUUAUCAUUCCUGGGUGAAAGACAAGAAAACAAAGAAAAAAUAUACUUGAUGGGUUUAGAUGUCGUCACAAUUAAAAACGUCCUGGACAUCAUGAAGACGGGCAAUAGACCACAGGUGAACAUUGUGGAUGCAGAGUUUGGUUCGAUCUCCAUUCUAAACGCAAGAAUUAGAGGUGUCCCAGAUGAGUGGAUCGAAAGAAUGGAGGAUGAGAGUGACAAUCGUUUACAGUUUAUGACUGUAUCCAGAGUCUCGUGUACGGAAGAUUCUGAAAAGCUUGAACCUGGUGAUGUUAUUCUUUCCGUUAAUGAAACCCUGGUCACGGAGAUGGGCCAACUGGAUGGUGUUACAGCACCUUGCACUGAAAUCAGCGAACCUCCGCUACUACAGUUCAAAGUUGUUCGAGACGGUUCCAUUGUCGAUUUGGGAAUCAAGACUGUCAAUGUCCAAGAGACUGAUAGAAUCAUUAUCUUUGCUGGCUGCAUUUUGCAAGAACCACACCAUGCAGUUGGUCAGGCCAUGAUUAAUAUGCCAAAGGGUGUUUACUGUGUCUUCAGGGGUGAAUCGUCGCCAGGCAUUCAAUACGGUAUCUCUUCCACCAACUUCAUUACACAUGUUAAUGAAGUCGAAACUCCAGAUUUGGACGCUUUCCUAAAGACUGUCAAAGAGAUCCCAGACAACAGCUACUGUAAAAUAAGAUUGAUGACAUAUGAUAAUGUUCCCUUUGCCAUAUCUUUGAAAACCAACUACCAUUAUUUCCCAACGGCAGAACUCAGAAGAGAUCAUGAGACGAGGAAAUGGAUUGAAAGUGAAUACAACCAUACAAAAAGUGUUGAUUAG